GCCGCCCACCCAGCGGAACCCAGCAGGGAACACUGGCUACAAGUGCUGCGGCUGGGGAAUAGCGGACUUUCUCAGGGAGCCACGCGGACGCGAGUGCUCCCGCUCCAGCUUCACCCGGUAGCCGAAGCAGAAGGAAACUUGCCUUCUCGUUUGAGGGAUUCUGUCACGGGAACGUGUGAGUCCCUGGAUAAAUUUGGCUUGGUGACGGCAGUGUGCUCUCUCCAGAGAUACUGCCACUUCCUCCUUGCUCCUUUUCUCCCCUGACCUGAGUUUCUCCCUGCUAACCCUGUGACAAGUCAGAAGAUUUACCCUUUCCACGCUCUUCUGCCACCAGGUUCCCUUUCUUAUGUGUGUCCCUCUCAUGAGGAACUGAGUCUAAGGUGUCCUUAACCAGCCAUGACUAUAAAGGAAAUGGGGACCAGAGGAGCAGGCCUCUCUAUAGCACGGGCUUAGAUUCUGCUGGGUUCUUAUCUAACUGUGUUGCCACUCCAAGAAUUUCUGGAAAUUGCUACAGGAAUUCUAGCCAGCUCCCAUGGAGCUCCACUCCCUGACUAAGAGGAAUAGACCAGAGGACCUGUGCAAUGCUGUGGACUGGAGUUCAGGCGGGACUUUUGGUGACCAGGAAGAGGAAGCAGCCAUCAGAGAGGCUCUUUGCUCUCAGAAAAACUCUACACCCAUACCAGGAGCAGCUGCAGUGGAAGUGUCUAGACUUAGCUCUUCUCCAGCACCCCCAACCUCCUUGCUCCAAGGCAAUGCUAUUCAGCCAAGCUUUUGCCCACCAGGACCUCCUGAGUCAGGGAACAGUCAAGUAAUGGCAGACCGUAAAGUCUGCAAUUGUUGCAGCCAGGAACUAGAAACGUCUUUUACUUAUGUGGAUGAGAAUGUCAACUUAGAACAGAGAAGUCAGAGAUCCCCAUCAGCAAAAGGCAGUCACCACCCUGGCGAUCUUGGCUGGGGAAACCCUAACGAGUGGUCCCAUGAGGCUGCCAUGUCUUUGAUAUCUGAAGACGAGGACGACACCAGCUCAGAAGCCACGUCUUCAGGGAAGUCCAUAGACUAUGGUUUCAUCAGUGCCAUCUUGUUCUUGGUCACUGGUAUCUUGCUGGUGAUCAUUUCUUACAUUGUCCCUCGGGAGGUGACAGUGGAUCCCAAUACCGUGGCAGCCCGGGAGAUGGAGCGCCUAGAAAAGGAGAGUGCGAGGCUAGGUGCACACCUGGACCGCUGUGUGAUAGCUGGGCUCUGCCUCCUCACACUCGGGGGAGUCGUCCUCUCAUGCUUGCUGAUGAUGUCUAUGUGGAAGGGGGAGCUCUAUCGUCGAAACAGGUUUGCCUCUUCCAAAGAGUCUGCAAAACUCUAUGGUUCUUUCAACUUCAGGAUGAAAACCAGCACUAAUGAAAACACCUUGGAACUGUCCUUGGUGGAGGAAGAUGCCCUUGCUGUACAGAGUUAAUUCUGAACUUCUUGAGAGACAACUAUAUGUUUGAUGUGAAAAAAUUACAUCACCGGUGUCCUUUAUUUGUUUGGCAAGAAAAAUUAUCCUUUGUUGUUGUUAUUGUUGUUUUCCACAUCCCAAAAGCCAGCCAGUGUUCUGUUUCCAUGGAUCUUUUAUUAAGAAAACCUGUGUAAGAUGUAAAAGAAACCAUGGUCAUCUAUUCCUGACUUACUGCAAACUGAAAACUAAUUCACCUGUAAUGACUAUGAAUUUCUAUUUCUAUAGCAAAAUACUUCCACUGACCUAAUAUACAAGUGUUUUCUUUUUACAUAAACAUGGAUAUUAUUAUUAGGUACUAGAAGGGCUCCUGCACAAUGGGAUCAUGUGGCAAUCUAUUCUGUGAAACACAAGCACUAAUUAAAUAGCAAAGCUUACGUUUAAUUCCCAAAGUGCUUUUCCAUUUUCUUGCUAAAAUUUUAUUCCUGUAAUUUGACUAAACACUAAAAUGUAGACUUUGGGAGUGUGAAUGUUUUGAAACUUUAAGAUAAUGGUUAUUUUUAAAAGCUAUAAAAUACUAUAUUUUAAAAUAUUACUGUGUUUAGAAAUGACAACUAUGUCAUUAAUAUGUACCUUCUUAUAAAGAAAAUGAUAUGUCAUCUUCAGACCCAUGUGAGGUUAACUGUUAAUAUAAGGUGUUUUCCUGAAGCCUUUUUUUCCCAAUGAAGUAGAGUAGUUGUUGAUACAUACUUUGUUUCCUUGUGGAUUUGCCUUCAGCCUGAUGACUUGUGCCCUUGAAAUCUUUACUUCUCAUACAUGUGUGGCAAAGGAUUACACUUUAAAAACAUAUCUUCUGGCAGCCAAACAUUUAGACAGGUCUAAGUCAUGAGCAGACCUGGUAUGCUGCCCAGGUGAUAUUUUGUGGAGGUGGUUUGGAGAAAACCUCCAGUAUAAUUGCAGCUAGACUCCUGGGCACUAUGCCUAGUAUAAGCCAUUACUUAAAAAGUCCUUAAACCUAUAGCCAAAAUCUUACACUGUAAAGAGAAAAAUCAAACUCAUUCAUUUAGUGGGAGUUGUGUUCAUCACUAUCCUGAUUCCCCUUGACAGGUCUAGAGAUCAUCCUGAAAACCUACCCUUAAGGACUAUGUUCUCCCCUCAUAAAGUGAAAUGUUUAGUCUAUGAGAGGUUCUGUGGGCAAGGUGGUCAGGAAAGAGAUGGGAAAUGCAGCCUACGAAAGAUCUGUAUUGCACUGAUGUUCCUUCAAGUGACCCACACCCUUCCACUUAGGUGUUUUAUUAGUAUAAAAUGAGUUCAUUCUUAAAGAGGACUGGAGCCAGGAAUGGGUGUGAGUGAAAGGAUGAGCUAGUGAGAAAGGAAUUUUGUUGGAGAUUCUUAAGCUUAAUGAAGUCUAAUGUAGACACCUGUGUUGUUACUGAGGGCUGUGGGUGAACUAUAUGAGUUUGUGUAUCUAUAUGAAUGAGUCCUUGUGGAUAUCAGAGCAAUUUGUUGAGUUACCUUUAUUACAAGUUAAAGGAAAACACAGUAGUGGAGGAUGAGGUAGGGAUGGCAAACAUGUCACAGAAUUCUUAGGGAAAAGUAAGUAAAGUGUAGAAAAUGUAUAUGCAGCCCCAUUGCCUCACCCUGUAGAAUAAAGUACUUGACCAUGAAGUGCUGGCUUAUUGAGACACAAAGCACGAGAAGGAACAUGUAUUUUGAUUGUUGUAGCCAGUCUUUUUGUGCUUUGUGUCUCUGUGACUCUUAGGUCAUCUGUGCUGAAGGCAGCUUCUCAGAAGUUUAAACUUUAUCUUCUGGAGGUUUAUUCAUUUUUGAUUCCUAGUCUGCUUGAGGAACCACUUUGGAGAUGUUGCAGUAAGAAGGGAGUAAUCUAUCUCCAUGAGUGAGUAGAUCUGAGCUGGGUUCAAACUGCAACAACAAAAUUUGUAAAAUAAAAUUUAAACCAGUUUAAUGCCAGGCCUGGUGAGUCAUGCCUUGAUUCUGACGAUUGAGAGGCUGAAGCAGGAAGAUCAAUGCAAGGUCAAGGCCAGCUUAGACUACAUAGUGGGUUCCAAGACAGCCUGGAAUAUAGAGUGAGACUGUCUCAGAAAAACAACAAACUAUUCAUGUUUAUUUAUAUGAGAACUCUGAAUUUUUUUAUCUAUUUGUAAAUCAUAAUUAAUUAGUUUCAUAGCAAAUAAAACAGCACUAAUUUGUGGUUCAAUUUUCUGUUCUUGAUGAGCUUGAAAUUAAACAUGAAGGCUGUCCUUUCAAUCCUAUAAAACUAAUGAUAAGAAAAAAAAGCCAGAGUUCUUCAAUACAAGAAAAGUUAAUGAACUCACUAUGCUGCUAAAUCGUAGAGAUACACUCACUCUAAAGGCAGCACUUUUAAAAAUGCCUUUUCAGAAAAGAAGAUUCUAAAUUGAAUGUAAGCAAAUGCUCAUUUCCACAUUAUCUCAAACUGCUCAAACACAGAGAGCAUGACACGAGGUUCUGGUGAUACCAGGGAAGGCCAUUACACCCAAAGGGACCAAUUGAGAAAAUCACCCGCUUUCUUUAGGCUGUGCUGAUGUAAUUCUAAUAAUUACCUUUAUCUGCUUUCCCCAGGCAUAAUAUUUGUGUUGCCUUCACCCAUUCUGUUAGUGCCUGUCUUUGAGAUGAUUUCUUGAUUUUAAAAUGAAGCUCAGGAAUAUGGACAUGGCUCAGGGUACAGUGCUUGCCUAGCAUGUGUGAGACCCCGAGUCAAGCCCUCUGCACUGCAAGAAAAUAACAAUAAAGGUAAAGGUAAUACCAACAAAGAAACAUUCUGAACUUUCAGCACCAUUGAUCUCAAUACAAUCCAAAGUGGUUUGGGUACUAGAAUUGCUUUGGCCUGGCCAUGUGAGAAACCAGACAUUGAAUAGACUGAGGCAAUGCUGUUGAUCUUGGAUCUUUCUUGGGCUUUGUGGAGAUCUCUUCCACAUGGUACCAGUUGUUAUCUGUGGAAGCUUCACACAAUUAAUGGACAGUGUAGGCUUCCUAAUAUUUCUGAUAAUCUGUCCCCUUGGGGGGCACUGGAAACUGCUGUAGAGUUUGUGUGGCUCUUUGCAAUGCUCUUUCCCUGCCAGCCAUUUGGAGCGCCUGAUGUGACCAUGCAGUAUGCUGUGCUGGCCCUUCAUGUGAAGCUGUUGUCUUUCCCACCUUCUUGCUGGGUACUAAUUCUAUGAUUUAGAAGAACAGCAGGCCGCUGGGAACCAUCAAGUUCUCUCUGGCCUGGGUGUUUUCACCCAUGCGACCGCUGGGUCCCUUAAUUCUGUAAUACCCAGAUAUUUACCUUGAUAUCAAAAGCUUAAAAUGCCUGAGCCCAUCAUCUCCCUUUUUAAAAAUAUGUUUUGAGGCCAAGUUUGACCCUGGCUAACACAUAUCCUUUCAAGGCUCAACUGUAAACAAACUGCCAUACCAACAUGUUUGUGCCGUCCUUUCCUUUGUCCCUACAGUGAAGUCAAAUUAGUGAAAGUGCACCAUGAGAAUUUUAUAUCAAGAAUUAAGGAUCUGAACACACACACACACACACACACACACACACACACACACACACACACACAUAUAUAUAUUUGUUUUCUUCUAAGUUUCUUUACAAUAAGAAAGCAUUCUAAGCAAUUACACAAUGAACAUUCUGGUCUUUGUCUCUCAAGUGUGUACACAUAUGAAACUCUUAUCUGGAUUAAUGGUCAGAGCAACAGGGAAAACACCUAUGUAUCUGUUGGAAGAUUUUCCAGUCUGAAUAUCUGAUUCUACUGCAGCAACUCAAGCUCCCACAAAACUGUGGCCUGACAAAAGAGAGUCGCAAUGCUUGUCAACGGUUCCCGUGUGGCAGCAAGAUGCAAUGUCAUCCCCUAGAUCUAAAUGCACCACAGAACAAGACACAUCCUUACAGUUUUCUGGAAUGGCUUUCGCUUUUCUCAAACUGGGCAUAAACAGUGACCCUGAUGAGAAUUAAAAUGAAGUCUCAAUAGGCUUUUCUCAGGAACUCGUAAGAUGGAUAAUUAACAGUGUUGACUUGCAGACUCUUUUCAGCUAUAUUGUUUUAUGGUCCACAUAAUAUUCUGUAAAAUCUCUCUUUUAGUUUUUAUGGGCAUAUAACUUUGGAAUUGAUUUGACUCACUGACAUCAACAUUAUCAAAAGGGAAGGUGCUAGUGCAAAUACACAGAAUUGCUUCCAAAAAUCCAUGACUUAACUCAAAAGCAUAGUCAUGGCUUUUGUUAGUUAAGUAUGCAGGUUGCUGUGUAGAAGCCUGUAUAUAUGUUAGGGUAUGUUUUAUAGGUACAGAACCUUAAUAUUCGUAAGCUAUUGUUAGACUAAUUGUCUUAUUGGAAUUUGGCAUGCCUUAACGUUAAUUUUAUGAACAAGAAGUCUUUCAUGGGUAACUAAUAAAGAAUUUGGAAUCAACCUCAGAAUGAAAUGCUGUAAGAACAUAAAUCUGUUUUGUUUGUUCAGCGCCCUACAAAUGCUUUUUGAUUUAUUUUUUAACCUUUCAAUUACAAGCUCAUAAGUGUGUGGAAUGUUUAUAAAUUAUUUUAUCUUGAAUUAAUAUUUUCUUCCCUAGAAAUGUGGACAGCACUGUCUUUGGCUCCCAAGUUUAGGGAUUCCCCUGUGGUCUCACUUCUCACUGCUCUCUGACUGCUUCUUACACAGACUGAAAACCCAUUUGAGUAAGGAGACAAAGAUGGAUGGAUCUUCCUCUGCUGUGUAUGUCCCUGUGAUUCUUUCCUGGCUUUUCAUCCUACUGUUCUUGCCAACUGAAAGUACUUGAUGUCGAUUGUGUAUUUUUUGAUAUUAUAAAGGCACUCAUGGAAGAUGAUGGGCUUUUUUCUCAUGGCAUUUGAUGCCUUAUAUGGUAAUAAUGUGUCCUAUCAAUUUGAAAUAAAAAUAUUUAUUGAGAUGUU